AUGCUGGGAGUUACAGGGAAAUCUGAUGUUUACCUUCAGCUGGACCUGGAGGCAGAGUUUCACUUUACUCAUCUCAUCAUGACAUUUAAGACUUUCCGUCCAGCAGCCAUGUUAAUUGAGCGAUCUGCAGAUUUUGGCCGAACCUGGCAGGUGUACCGCUACUUCGCAUCCGACUGUGAGUCCAACUUCCCGGGAAUUUCUCAGGGUCCCCUUCGUAAGGUUGAUGAUGUUAUCUGCGAAUCCAGAUAUUCUGACAUCGAGCCGUCGACAGAAGGAGAGGUGAUUUACCGUGUUCUUGACCCUGCUAUUCGGAUCGAAGACCCUUACAGCCCCAACAUUCAGAGUAAAUGA